AUGCAUGAUGUGGUUCGAGAUUUUGCUCAUUGGCUAACAUUAACCGGAGAAAAUAGGUUCAUGGUAAAAGGUAAGCUGAAAGAAUGGCCUGAUAUGGUUGAAAGUUUUGAAUGUUACACUGCAAUCGCUUUAUGGAAUUGUAGUAGUAACAUAAAAUUUCCUGACAAAGUGGAAUUUUCAAAGCUCAAGACUUUGUUUCUUCAUGGAGAGGAGGUGGGUGAUUUACUUGUGGUUUCCAGUACAUUUUUUGAGGAAAUGAAAGCCCUCCAAGUUCUAUUUCUCUCAAACGUCAAUUUCUCACUGAAAGGAUUCCAUUCCUUACCAAAUCUUAAAACAUUGUGGUGUGAGUAUUGCAAGCUGGAAAACUUCUCAUCAUCACUGACGAAUAUGAGAAGCCUUGAGAUUCUUGUAUUGAUUUCGACUAGGAUUGAUGAGAUAAGUGAAGAACUAGUGAAAUUAUCUACACUGAAAUAUUUACGUCUUUAUGGUGUUGAAGCAACAAUGAAAAUCCCCCCCAAGUUGGUAUCAAGGUUGAUGUCAUUGCAAGAGUUAUAUGUGACAUGUAUCAACAAUAUCAACUUAUUGGAGCUGAAUUCAUUAUCUCGUUUAACGGCACUAUCACUGCACCUUUCUACUAAUCAAUUUUCUCAAGAAGAUUUUGUAUUUCCUAAACUACAAAGGUACGAUAUAGAUGUAGGUGGGUUCUUUUUUAGCUCUAGGGAGGCGCCAACCAUUAGAAGAUUGAGAAUUCAAAAUUUCUCUUCAUUGAGUGCAUUUAAAAAUUUAUUUUGCAAUGUGGGAAAGUUGAAGUUGAAUAACGUUAGUGGAUUGAAAAACAUUGUGCCAAGCAUAGGAAAAAAGGCACUAAAUGAGUUGACUUCUCUGGAGCUUAAUUCUUGCAAAGAUAUGGAAUUUUUGACUGAUUUAACAGGAGAUCAAGGGUCAACUGUUGCAUUUUCUAAUUUGGUGAAAUUAACAAUACAAAGCAUGCUUUCUUUGAAAGGGUUGUGCUAUGGUCUUUCUCCAUCCCAUCCUGCAAUUGCAAGCUUCACAAGACUAACAGUUGUGACAAUUGCAUCUUGCCCUAGACUGAAAACAAUCUUCUCACCUUGCCUUGCUCAGAGUAUGUUGUGUAUAGAAGAACUCUUCAUAUGUAACUGCAAUGGACUAGAGCAAGUAAUUGGUUUUGCCCAAGAAGAAGAAAUUACUAAGAAUGGCUCUCGUCUUUGUUGCUAUCCGAAAUUGAGAAUUCUUAAGAUAGACGAUUGCAGAAGUUUAAAAUAUGUUUGUUCAAGCACUUCGACUCAAGGGCUUCAAUCAUUGGAAUCUGUCAAAAUAAGUAAUUGUCCUCAACUUAUGCAAAUCUUCAAGAUGGAACAAAAUGAGAAUGGGCAAGGUGUUGUGGUUCCUCAGGGAUGA